GAACCCUCCAUGUGUCAAUGGACAAAGUGCAGCCCCUGUACCAGGCAGCCGACCUCCUCCAACUGGACUAUGUGAGAGACACCUGCAGCAGCUACAUGGCCAUGAACGUGGAGCACUCCACCUGUGUGGACCUGUACAAGUUUGCUGAUGUCUACUCUGUGGACAUUGUCCAAAACCGUUGUCUGCAGUUGAUUCAUAGAAACUUUGUUGAGGUUGCCUCCAGUGAAGGGUUCUACAGCCUGAGUGUGAAUCAGUUGACUGAGAUCAUCAGCCAUGAUGAGCUGGACGUUAAAGAGGAGACAACAGUGUGGGAGGCUGUGGUGAGAUGGGUGCAGUACAGCAGGGAGGACAGACUGCACCACCUACCCAGCAUCCUCACUCACAUUCGUUUUAACCUGCUGACCUCAGACGACACGGCAGCCAUCUUAGAACACGCCCUGGUCAGGGAGGAUCCUGGGAGUUCUGAGGUCAUCAUGAAUGUGGUACAGAAAGGGAUCUUCAAACUGAAGCCGAGGCUUGGGAUGACCACGGAAAUGGCCGUGUUGUACUAUCAAACAUGGGGUUCAAAGGAUCUUCUCUUCUUAAACCCACGGGAAGGGAAGUACAUCAGCUGCAGUUACAGGCCUGAAGAUUUUCCUGAUUACACUGCCAUGACAGUCACCAGUGAUAACGACAUCUACAUCCUGCAAAAUAAACAAUCAGAGGAUGAGAUGCAUUUGUCCCUGUUUAAGUACAAUCAUGCAAAAAACGUGUGGGAACAACGUUAG